AUGAAUGAAUCUGAUGAUGAUCGUUAUAAGUCAAUCAAUCAACUUCGACAUAUUUGUAGUACAAUAGCAAUAUUUAAAGAUUCGAAUCAGUGCAUUGACUUUCUCAACAAAACUAUAGAGAAAAAUAUAUUUCUAAUUAUAUCCGACAUAUUUGCGGAACAAAUCAUACCUAUUGCUCAAGAAAUAUCUCAACUCGAUUCAAUCUAUGUGGUUUGUACUCAAGAAUUAAAAUGUAAACAGUCGAUAAAUAAUCAGAAAAAAGUGAAAGGAAUAUUUAGUCAGCUUGGAUCUAUUAUGGAUGAAAUUAAACAAAAUAUUGAACACGCUGAAAAAGAUUUGACACCAAUUAGUAUUCUUAUAUCAUCAUCUGUCAAUGACAUAAAUGAACUUAAUCAAUCAUUUAUGUAUUCACAGUUACUUAAAGAAAUUAUUCUCGAUAUGAAAUAUGAUGAUAAAGCAAAGAAAAAUUUUAUCGACUUUUGUCGUUUACAAAACUCUGAUAACGAACAACAACGUAUUCAUAUGGAUGAAUUUGAGCGAGAAUAUGAUCUUCAUUCACCUAUUUGGUGGUAUACAAAAGAAUCAUUUAUAUAUGCAGUGAUCAAUAGAGCUCUCAGGGUACAAGAUACUGAGAUUAUCAUGAAAAUGGGAUAUUUCCUUCGAGAUCUUCAUCGACAUAUCGAGCGACUAUAUUUGGAAUCAAACAAUCAUCAUCCAUUGAUCGUCUAUCGAGGACAAGGAAUGUCCAAUUUUGAAUUUGAUAAUUUAAGAAAAAGUAAUGGUUCUCUUCUUUCUUUCAAUAAUUUCUUGUCGACAAGUAUUGAUGAAGAAGUUGCAAAAAUCUUUGCAGAAAGUGCUCGAAAUAAUCCAACUUUAAUAGGAGUUCUCUUUAGAAUGCAAAUUGAUCCAAUGCUUUCAUCAACUCCAUUUGCUUCGAUAGAUAAUAUAAGUUAUUUCUCAGGUUCAGAAAAAGAAAUUCUUUUCUCAAUGCAUUCAGUAUUCAGAAUUGAUGAAAUCGUACAAAUAGAUGAUCGAUUAUGGCAAGUCAAUUUGUCACUAACAAAAGACACUGAUGAACAACUCAAUCGUCUUACUGAAUGUCUGAGAAUAGAAACACAAGGAUCAACCGGAUUGCAUCGUUUAGGUCAAUUAAUGAUCAAAAUGGGUGUAUUGAAUAAAGCCGAAGAAAUCUACGAGACGCUUCAAGAGACGAUAGGUAAUCAUGAUUGGAAAGAACUUGCCCAUGUGUAUCAUAUGCUAGGAUACAUAAGUUCUAUGAAAGGAGAUCUUUCUAAAGCACUCUUUCACAACAAGAAAUCUCUUAAUAUCAAAUUAAUUUAUCUGUCAUCCAAUGAUCCUGAACUUUCCGCAACCUAUUGCAACAUUGGCUCGAUUUUAUGCUGUCAAAAUGAUCUUCACGGUGCAUUAGAAUAUUAUGAGCGUGCUCUUAACAUUGAUCUUGGUGCUCCACAACCAAAUCAACUGCAGAUUGCAGCUACUUAUAACAAUAUUGGUGAAGUAUAUCGACUUAUGGGAAAUAACUUACUGGCACUCUCAUACUAUCAAAAGACUUUUGAAAUAAAGAAAACUUAUCUUCCAUUUAAUCAUCCUUCAUUAGCUGAUACUACUAAUAACAUUGGUGGAAUCUUUUAUGCUAUGAGUGAUUAUUCGAAUGCACUCUCAUUUUAUGAGAAGACACUUGUUAUUCAAGAAAAAUAUCUUCCAAUCGAUCAUCCGUCUCUAAUAAAAACUUACAAUAAUAUCGGUGCAAUAUAUCGAGCAAUGGGAAAUAAUGUCACUGCACUGUCAUACUAUAUGAAAGCAUUGCAAAUACAAGAAAAAUCUCUUCCAAACAAUCAUCCAUCCCUAUCUACUAUCUACAAUAACAUUGGAGACAUACACCAACAAAUGGGUGAUUGUUCUGCUGCACUCGUUUACUAUGUUAAAUCACUUGAAAUUCAAGAAAAAUCUCUUCCAUCCAAUCAUCCAUCGCUAGCUACUACAUACAAUAACAUUGGAAGUGUGUAUCAAUCAAUGGGAGACAACAUCACUGCAUUAUCAUACUUUAAAAAGACCAUCAAAAUUUUAGAAGAAUCUCAAUCAAUCAACCAUCCCUCAUUGAUUGAGGCUUAUAAUAACAUUGCUGGAGUUUGUCAUGCAAUGAAUGAUUACACUACUGCACUCUCAUUCUUUCAAAAAUCACUUGAAAUUGUAGAAAAAUCUCUUUCACUUAAUCAUCCCUCUUUAGCUAUUGCUCAUAAUAACAUUGGCGGUGUAUAUCAAGCAAUGGAAAAUUAUUCGCAAGCACUUGAAUUCUAUAAAAAAGCACUCGAAAUUCAACAAAAAUCUCUUCCAUCUAAUCAUACAUCGUUAGCUACUACAUACAAUAACAUUGGUGCAACAUAUUUUAUGAUAGAUGAUUACUCAAAUGCAUUAUUAUAUUAUGAGAAAACACUUGAUAUUAGACUAAAAUCUCUUCCUUCCAAUCAUUCAGAUUUAGCUAUUACUUAUAACAAUAUUGCUGAGGUACAUCGAUCGAUGGGAGCUUACUCGACUGCACUCAUUUUCUUUGAGAAACUUCUUGAAAUUCGACAAAAUUCACUUCCAUUGAAUUAUUCCGCACUGGCAUUAACCUACAAUAAAUAUGGUGAGACUCAGAAUUUGAUUGGGGAUCUCUUCAAAGCACUUGAAUCAUUUCAAAAAGCCAUCGAAAUACAACAAAAAGUAUUACGUCCAGAUCAUCUUGAUUUCAUCAUAACUCAUAACAAUCUAGGUGGAGUUCAUUAUUCGAUAGGAAAUUAUUCGGUUGCACUCUCACAUUUUGAAAAGGCGCUUGAAAUUGCGACAAAAAUAUUUGAAUACGAUCAUGUCUCACUAUCCUUCAUCUGUAACAAUAUUGGAAAGGUACAUCAAUCUAUGAGAGACAAUGCAACUUCACUCUUCUACUAUAACAAAGCAUUAGAAAUACAAGAAAAAACGCUUCCAUUGAAUCAUUCUUCGAGAGCUAUUACACAUAUUAAUGUGGCUCGUGUCUAUGAAAAUCUUCAUCAAUACAAAGAGGCUAUUGAACAUGCUUUGCAAGCAGUAGAAAUUGCACAUGAUGUAUUUGGACCUGACCAUUCUCAAGUGCGAGCAAAUCAAGAUUAUCUCGAUGAACUUUGUAGAAAACUAUGA